AUGACUGGAAGAUUAAUGGGCGCCAUUCCACAGAUUCCCCCUGCUCCGAUCACGUCUCAUCAAGAUCAAUCGAAUUUUAAACUUCCGGUGAGAGAGGAACAAAGCCAUCUUAUUACUCUUAUCAAUGAAAAUCAGAUUGUGGUCAUAGCUGGUCAUCAAGGUAGCGGAAAAUCUACUCAAAUACCUCAAAUAAUACUUGAAGAUCAUUACGCUCGAUCGCAACGCUGCCGUGUAAUCUGCACUCAACCACGCCGUCUGUUAGCUCACGCCAAUGCUGAUCGUGUGGCCCAUGAAAGGGGCGAAACCGUUGGCCAAUCAGUAGGCUAUCAAAUUCGACUUGAGUCCAAAGCUUCACCCAAAACGGUUCUCACGUUUUGUACCCAUGGUGUUUUACUACGGACAAUAUUUGCGGAUCCAAGUCUCCUUAAUGCCGUCACUCAUAUUAUUGUCGAUGAACUCGAAGAGACAGAUCUAUUUACAAGGAAAUUAGCUGAUAAUGGGAGAGAAAUUCAAUUACCAAUGAGUAUUGACACUAACAAGCAUACUUGCAACCUCCUACUAGGCAUUUUGCAAAGAAUUCUCCCACAGUAUUCUCAUCUCAAACUCGUAUUGGUGGUGAAUCUAAAUGCGGAUUCGGUCAUUUCUCCAAAUGUUCCUUUUACUUCCACUCCCACAAAUCAUGAAAUCUCUAGUGAGAAUAGCAAGUACAUGCACGUAAAAGAGCCAAUUCUUCAAACCGGCCUGCCUUUAUUUCCCGAGGAAUCUUCUAAUUUCCCUAGCUAUGCGGAAAAAUUUCUUAUCACUCCGCAAUACCAGAGCGCUGUGAUUUAUUCGUUGAAGACGGAACGAAAGUCGCAGGAGAUUUACUUUCUAGAGGAUAUUCUACGGUGGUUGGAUUUCUACACACCGGGAAUGGAGUCAUUGAAGCAAGUCAUCCAAAAUGAUACCCUGUGGGUUCAGAAAAUGUUCUAUUGGCUGACUGGCACACAAAUACCUCGCCAUGAUGUACAUGACGAUUCAGUAUUUGAGAAUAAUGAUCAGACGGAAUACAGGGAUAUCUUGAAUUCUUCCAACUUUCGAAACAUUGAUAAGCUUAUUUGGGCAUUAUGGGAGAAUCUAGUUCUUCGAAAUAUUAGCGUCUGCAGUAACCAGCAGGAUUCAGUUUUACAAAAGAAUAUACAACCACUUAUCUCAGAUUUACUUCAAUCGAUCUCUGUAGAAUGGAUCCCAGUUGACUACAGGCAUUCAGAGACGGGGAUAACCCCUUUAAUGCUCUUCUCUGCCGCCGGUCAGCAUGAAGUGGUGGAACGGCUGCUAAAUAUGGGAGCGGAUGUAUUUGAGCGCAUACCUCUGCCACUGGCUGCUUUGCCCCCGAGUCUUGUGACUCUCGGCACUGAUCAAGCUGCCCCGACAUAUAACACCCCUAAUCACAUUUCCGUAAUCGGCGCAAACGCUUACGACCUCGCACGUCUCUAUGGCCAUGCCCACAUGGCUGAAAUCCUCAAAUUACAUAUGGCUGCACGUUCGAUCGAUAAUCCAGUGGACGAUUGGGAAAGCAAUUUGCUUCGAUUCGGUUGUUGGUUCGCCAAUCCAAUACUCCAGACCCCAAGUCUCCUGCAUUCACCCCGAAAUUCAGAACUUGCACAAUCCUAUAAAAUCUGGGGAAAUUUUGAUUACAAUGAGGCGAAUAACCAUCGGCUUUAUCAAGUUGCUCGAAAUCUGUCCGGAUCUGAAUCUGCCAUUGAUUUCGAUCUUCUCACCCAAUUGAUUCUAAAAAUCGACUCAACUCUCCAACCUGGUGGAAUACUCGUUUUCAUGCCUUCCUAUGAAGCAAUAAUUACUCUAAAGGAAUUACUUACUACCUCAACUAGAGAUUCACUAAGAGCACAAAUUAGUGAGAAACCAAAGUGCUUUCAUUUAUUCAGCAAACUCCGAAUGGCUUCCCUAGAAAAUGUGGAGAAUCCAUAUCAUCAAACUUCUUGUUGUUCUAUGGAGGAAGUCUAUCUUCAGGCCAAAUUGCUGUGUGCACCUGGAGAAAAUCUGAGAACUUGCUUUUCAUCUCUGCCUCGUCUACCUGACCCUCGUGGGCUGGAGUGGAGUAUUAGAUACCUACAUGUAAAAAAUAGUUCAAAUGUCUAA